CUACUGUCUCAGUCAGGUCAGACGGUCCUGAGAUACCGGUGAGGACAGAUGGUCCCGGGCCAGUGGUGGGUGUAGACGUGUCUGUUGGUGGUGAUGGUAGACGGUGCCGGGAUAGUGGUGUACACGGGAGAGGGUUGUGAAGGUGGCACAGACGUUCUGGUGGUAUACGCCUCUCAGACAGGGAAUGCCAAGGCCAUAGCCGAGGAGGUGGUGGAAGGGUGUUGUGGGGCCGGGCUGAGGGGGGAGCUGAGGUGCUGCAGCCAGCUGGGCCAAGACCUUCACAACAUCUCCUGCCUCGUGCUCGUUGGCUCAACCACAGGUGACGGUGAUCCGCCAGACACUGCUCGUGAGUUUUGGAGGCAUCUACAUCAGAAGGAUCAGCCAGUGGAUACCUUGAGUCAUCUCUCAUACACAGUCCUUGGCCUUGGAGACACAAAUUACACACAUUUCUGUAACUUUGGCAAGACCAUUGACCAGAAGCUCCAAGCUCUUGGUGGAAACAGGUUUUAUGCUUGUGGCUGGGCUGAUGAUGGAACUGGACUAGAGAUUGUGAUCGAACCAUGGAUUGAAGGGCUUAUCCCUACUCUAAAAACCUUUCUGACCAAGAGAGAAGUUAGUAGACCUGUUUCAAAUAAUGUAAGUGUUCAAGAACAGGAUACAGCUAUGGAAGACAUUAGAGAAAGAGUUUUAAGCAGUAAAGUUUGUGAAGAAAAAUUUACAAAUGAUGUGAAUCCAAGUGUUAAAAGUACCAUCACUAGUGCAAAUAAUCUUAAAGCAAGUAUGAAUUCGCUUACAGUAAAUGGGGAAGCUUUCGAAGAUCGGACUAGCAUCAUCUCGGGGAUGAGUGACAGUCAAGUAGAUGAAAAAAGGGCAUAUAGCAUCGAUGUAGUUGCAGAUAAAUACAAUAUUGAUAUUUUGUCUCCAGCAGAUCUUCAGUGCCUCCCUGUAAAAUUGUGUGCCUAUCCUGCAAGUGCAAAAUUAACAUUACCUGUCCAAGCCCCACCAUAUUUGACAAUAGUUUACCUAGAUGAUUCUGAACGAAGCCCAAUUCAAAGUGAUUUACCUCUGCCAAGUGCAGCAUCAGAGGUUGUACAAGCAUGUGUAAUAUCAGCAAGAAAACUAACUAAAGUUGAUGCUGUAAAAACUGCUUUGGAGGUUACUUUAAAAUUGCCCAAAGAAAAAGAUAGGUUUGUUUACGAGCCUGGCGAUUCAUUUGGCAUUAUAGUAAAAAAUCCAGUGAAAGAUGUAGAAAUUCUAUUGAAUUUGCUUCAAAUAUCUGAUAUAGCAGAUAAGAUUUGUGAACUUUCGAUAAUUCCAAACACCAAAAAGAGGUCGGCAGCUGUACCUAAAUUUAUUCCUUCAAAAAGUUCUGUUAAGUACAUAUUAGAACAUUGCUUGGAUAUAAGGUCUGUCCCCAAGAAACCUUUAAUUAGAACAUUACUGGAGUACACAUCUAAUUCCUCGGAAAAAAGACGUUUACAAGAACUUGUAAGCAAAGAAGGUGCAUCAGAAUAUAGCAAAUAUGUUCGAGGAGCCAGUCUCACUUUAUUGGACUUUCUGAUAAUCUUUCAAUCAUGUAAGCCGCCUGUCACAACCCUCCUGGAGCACCUGCCUCAGCUACAACCACGAGCUUACUCCAUUGCAACUUCUCCUCUUGUGGAUUCUGAACAUAUCUCAUUUGUUUUUAAUAUAGUUGAAAUUCCAAAGGAAAAUACAGUCACAUAUUCAAGAAAGGGAAUAUGCACUGGUUGGCUUGCUUCAGUGUAUAAUGAACUUGCACAUGAUACCACAGAUUUUAAUAAAAUGUUUAGAGAGUUAAUUAUUACAGACAGACCUGAUGUACAAGUAUGUGCUAACAUUUACUUACGUUCUAACCAAAGUUUCCGUCUCCCCAAAAAUCUUGCAACUCCAAUUGUUAUGGUUGGUCCUGGCACAGGUGUUGCACCAUUUGUGGGAUUUCUCCAACAUCGACAAAGGCUCAUGGCUACAAAACCUAGUGACGUUUUCGGUGACUCGUGGUUAUUUUUUGGUUGUCGUAAUAAAGAGCAAGAUUUUCUAUAUAAAGAAGAGCUAGAAAGAUUCCAUGAACAAGGCAUCUUGAACCAUCUUAUUGUUAGUUUCUCAAGAGACAGUAUAACAAGUGAUGGUUCAAAAUAUGUCCAAGACAGCAUCAUUAAACAUGGUGCUGUCCUUUCAUCUCUGUUGUUAAAUUCAGAUGCUGUUGUGUAUGUUUGUGGUGAUGCUCAAAACAUGGCAAAGGAUGUUUUUGAAGCCUUUGUAUCCAUACUGCAGACUAAUAGUGAUAUUACAGAAAUUAGUGCCAGACAAUGUUUAGCCAAAAUGCAAAUAGAUAAAAAAUAUUUACAGGAUGUCUGGUCUUGAUCUUAAACUUCAGUUAUGGUAUACAAUUUUGACUUGUAUUAUAUGAUGCACAUGUUUGACAGUACUGUACAUGUAUUGCUAAAUUUAUAAAAUUGAAAUAUCAUCUUGAGGUUAUAUUUUUAUAUGAAUUUUGUCAUAGAUUAUUAAGGGAAAUGAAUAAUAUUCUCUUUUUACUUGUAAAUCAGAUUUAUUGAAUGUUUCAUAAGCAAAAUUUUUACCAAAUAAACAAUUUAGCAAUUUAAAAA